UUAAAGUGCUGCUGGCCCGUGGUACGUAGAGAUACUAGAUGCUUUAGAAGCAGAAUAAACACCCCCAAAAAACAAGAGCAAAAAAAAAGGUGGGGAUAUGGGCAGAAUUAUGUAAAAUGACAAGGGUAUGUGAUGAGUAAACAGAGCGGCAAAGCCGAAGACGACUAGGGGGCACUGGAUCUCAGCACUGGACACUUGAAUUGAAGCUCUCAACUCUCUCCAGCAAAGCAAUGGAAGCUCUCCCCAAUCUUAACCACCACCAGAAAUGCCCAAACUUACAAUCAUAAACCCUAACCCGCCACCACCAACCCAAACGAUGAGCGCCAGCACCGGUCUCAGAUCCCCUGCGACAAUGCCCCACCGUAGCAGCCCUACGACCUCACCCUCAUCGCUCCCCCUGGUCGUCACUCUCAACUGCAUCGAUGACUUCGCCAUGGAGCAAGACUCCUUGUCCGGCGUCGCCGCCGUCGAGCACGUGCCGCUCAGUCGUCUUGCCGACGGAAGGAUCGAGUCGGCAUCCGCCGUGCUCCUACAGUCCCUUGCCUACCUCCCACGCGCCGCCCAGCGCCGCCUCCGGCCCUACCAGCUCAUCCUCUGCCUCGGCUCAGCCGACCGCGCCGUCGAUUCGGCCUUGGCCGCCGACCUCGGUCUCCGGCUCGUCCACGUAGAUACAUCGCGCGCCGAGGAGAUCGCCGACACGGUCAUGGCGCUCUUCCUCGGCUUGCUGCGCCGUACGCACAUGCUCUCCCGCCACGCACUCUCGGCUUCAGGGUGGCUUGGUUCGAUCCAGCCGCUGUGCCGUGGGAUGAGAAGGUGUCGUGGUUUGGUUUUGGGGAUUAUCGGUAGAUCUGCGUCGGCGAGGUCUCUGGCUACUAGGAGCUUGGCUUUCAAAAUGAGUGUGCUCUAUUUCGAUGUUCAAGAUGUAGAGGUGAACGGAAAAGUGAGCAGGUCUUCCAUAAGCUUUCCUUCUGCUGCCCGAAGAAUGGAUACUCUUAAUGAUUUACUGGCUGCAAGUGACCUUGUUUCACUUCACUGUUCUCUGACAAAUGAAACAGUUCAGAUUCUCAAUGCUGAAUGUUUACAGCACGUAAAGCCUGGAGCAUUUCUUGUAAACACGGGGAGCAGUCAGCUAUUGGAUGAUUGUUUUGUGAAACAGCUUUUGAUUGAUGGAACCUUAGCUGGGUGUGCUUUGGAUGGUGCUGAAGGCCCACAAUGGAUGGAAGCAUGGGUAAAGGAGAUGCCCAAUGUUUUGAUACUUCCACACAGUGCAGAUUAUAGUGAAGAAGUAUGGUUGGAAAUAAGGGAGAAAGCUAUCUCCAUAUUGCAGUCAUUCUUCUUUGAUGGGAUUGUUCCAAAAAAUGCUGUAUCGGAUGAAGAGGAUGAAAGUGAAAUAGGUGAUGAAAAUGAAGGGUCAGAUAAACUGGACAGAGAAAGUAGCUUGCAGCUAUCCGUUGUUGAGCAACCAACUGAAGUCAUUCAUGCAAGUCCAGAAAGCUCUCAGAAGAAAGAAGCUAAUCAAUCCAAGGAGUCUCCUAGCCAGCACCAAGGUUCAGGUUUGUCUCAAAGUACUGCCACUCGAUCUGAUGGAAGACGAGGCAGAGCAGGUAAGAAAGCCAAAAAGAGGCACGCACAUCAAAAAUCCAGGCAAAAAUCCGAUGACCCUUCACAAGAAAAAGAAAGUACCUCGCAGCGGGAAGAAGACACGGCUAUGAGUGGCACUGAUCAAGCAUUAAGCUCCAGCUCUCGGUUUGCCUCCCCAGAAGACUUAAGAAGUAGGAAAACUCCCAUAGAAUCAAUGCAAGAAUCUCCUUCCGACCAGCUUCUAAAAUCUAGCCGGAGGCUCAGUGGAAAGCCUGGUGAGCUGUUGAAGGAUGGGUAUGUUGUAUCUUUGUAUGCAAGAGAUCGUCCUGCUCUCCAUGUUGCAAGGCAAAGAGUUAAAGGUGGUGGUUGGUUCCUAGAUACUAUGUCAAAUGUAUCGAAAAGAGAUCCAGCAGCUCAGUUCCUCAUUGUUUCAAGAAGCAAGGACACAAUUGGUUUGCGAUCUUUUGCUGCUGGUGGAAAGUUACUGCAGAUAAAUAGAAGAAUGGAAUUUGUAUUUGCCAGUCACAGUUUUGAUGUCUGGGAGAGUUGGAUGUUGGAAGGUUCUCUGGAGGAAUGUAGGCUGGUUAACUGUAGAAAUCCGUUGGCUGUUUUGGAAGUAAGCAUCGAGAUUCUGGCCACCAUAGGGGAAGAUGGGGUUACACGCUGGCUUGAUUAGACUCGAACAUGAGAGUAUAAGAAGCCGAACAUUAUUCUGACUUUUUUUCCCUCUUCUGAGGUUUGUAUCAUUUUUAAACAUCCUGAAAGUUGUAAAGUUCUUUUUUGUUAUUAUUUUUGGUUCCCUCCACUUCCAUUUUCGGUUUUUCUGUUAUAAUAUUAUCAGCUAGUAGGGAGAUUUGUGUCGUGGGUUUUGAGCCUCCGGAUAUGACAUGCAUGUAUUUUAUAAUGUACAAGGUAUAAUAUCCUUUGGUUUCCUCCAAGGGAUGGCGGUUGUAUAACUCAUUCCUCAAGGAAGUUUCAGUUUCAGUUUAGUGUUAUUUUAUGACCUAAAUAUGCUUAAGUGCA